AUGAUGAACGCCGAUCUUGCAGUUGUGACGGACCAGCAGCAGCGCAGUGUGCAGGAUGCCCUCGGCGCCCACAAGGUUCACAUUCGUGUGCAGCAGCGUAAAGGCAAGAAGUUCGUCACAUCUGUGCAGGGACUCAAUCAGGCAUUAAAUUUCCGCCGCAUCAAUCGUGAGUUCCAGCGGCGUUGGGGUUGCAAUGGGACUGUGAUUGAGACCCCAGAGGCGGGAAUUGUCAUUCAGCUGCAGGGAAAUUGGAGUGAGGAGAUUCGACAGUUCCUGCUGGCGGAGAAUAUGGCCACUGAGCAGAAUUUAGAGAUCCACUCACUGAGUUAA